CUAAGGACCCUAGAUAGCAUAAUAGGAAUGCAAAGGUGGAGCCAGUAAACAAAACUCCCUAUAAACACUCCAAAAACCGAGCAUUCAGCAGGUUUCCAAGGAUCGUGCAAAUGGCUUUCACCGAGAAAGACUUCUAUGCUGCACAUUUCAAUCCAAAAGACUAUUUGGACACCUAUUACACCUUCAGCUCUGGGAAAGAAGACAAGAAUGCCUUCUUGAUUUUCUUUCUCAAAAAUCUCCACCAGGCAUUCAUUUUAGAAGACAUAGAAGGGGACACCCUGAUUGAUAUUGGAAGUGGACCAACCAUCUACCAGUUCCUCUCGGCUUGUGAGUCCUUCCAAGAAAUUGUCGCCACAGAUUAUUGUGAACAGAACUGGGAGGAGAUGCAGCGAUGGCUAAGAAAGGAGCCAGGAGCCUUCGAUUGGAGCCCGGUGGUGAAAUACAUUUGCGAGCUGGAGGGCAACAGGGAAAAGUGGGAAGAGAAGGAAGAAAAGGUCCGAAGAGCCAUUAAGAAGGUUCUGAAAUGUGACGUGACCCAGGCCAGCCCACUGGGCCCUGUGGCUCUGCCUCCAGCAGACUGCUUGAUGUCCUCCCUGUGCCUGGAAGGGGCCUGCAAAGACCUGCCCACCUACCGCUCUGCUCUGAAGAACAUCAGCUCCCUUGUCAAACCAGGAGGGCACCUCAUAUUAGGCUCUGUCCUAGAAAAGAACUGCUACAAGGUGGGCCAGCAGCCCUUCUCUUGCCUCUACUUGGAGCGGGCGUCUGUAGAGGAAGCCCUCAAGGGGGCAGGCUUUGUUGUCAAUUGGCUCAGGGAGACCAAGGUUGAUGGUGCACUCUCUGUUAUGGACUCAAAGGCAUUCUGCAUUGUGGUAGCCCAAAAAUGCCAGGGAUGAAGGUUAGACCACAGAUGGAAAAACAGGGUGAAGAAGGCAAAAAAUUCUGGUAGAAUUUUUUAUGAAGAUUUGUUAUUUCAUUAGGGAGUUUAUAUAUGUGACAACAGCAGCUAAAAUAUUGUAUGUACAGAAAUGGAAAGAAGAGGAGGUUCCACUGGAGGUGUGGCUUUUAAUAUAAACAGCAGUACCUUGGUUCCAAAACAGCUUAUUUGACAAACAAAUCAGCUCCUGAAUGCCACAAACCUGGAAUUAAGUGCUCCAGUUUGCGAACAUAUU